AUGGUGUCUGCGCCUGGCUGGCAACUGAGCAGAGGUUGCUUGCAGCUCGUGGGGAGAUGGUACAGCAUCGGCCUGGCCUCCAACUCCAACUGGUUCAAGGAGAAGAAGCACCUGAUGAAGAUGUGCACCACAGUCAUCUCUGCCACCGCAGAUGGGAACCUGGAGGUCACCUCCACCUACCCCAAGUACGGGCAGGGGGAGGGGGUGGGCGAGCAGGGGGUGCUCCCCAGUGCUGCCAUGCCUGGGGCUAUGCGUGGGCUGGAGAACCCCCCCAGCCCCUCUGAUGUGCUGGCACUGCGCUCCCCAGGGGUGACCAGGGGGCUGCCUCUCACCCUACUCUCGGCUGCAGGCCGGACAAAGGAGCUCAGUCCCGAGCGCCUGGAAAGGUUCACCCAGUUCUCCAGGGAGCAGGGCCUGACGGACGAAGAGAUCCUCAUCCUGCCCCGGACGG